UGUGUUUCCGCUUCCGGCCGUGACAUCGGAGGACGCUGUGUCCCUGGCAGCUAUCCGUACACGUUUUAUCUCUCGGUUGUUUCGCAGUGAACCAGAAGAUGGCUGAAGCUACUCCACGGCCCUGUCGGUUUUUCUGUCACAGAUGUUCAGCAGAGAUUAGUCCGCGACUCCCGGACUACACCUGUCCCAGGUGUGAAUCCGGCUUUAUUGAGGAACUUCCAGAGGAGAGAAGCUCUGAAAAUGGGUCCAGAGCCAGCGCCUCGUCCAGCGAUCAGAACCGUCCAUCCUUCGAGAAUAUGGAUCACCAACACCUUUUCACGUUUCCGCCCGGCUACGGGCAGUUUGCCCUGGGGAUCUUCGACGAGAACUUCGACCUGCGGACAGGGCUCCCCACCGAGGACAACCGCGAGGCGGAGAACCGCCGGGAACGGGAGAUGGCGUCGCGGCAACGAUACAGCGCCCGGCAACCGCGAGGACGUCACAUCCCCCGGCGACAGGGGCCGCGGCAAGAGGGGGUGCCCACUUUAGAGGGGAUCAUCCAGCAGCUAGUCAACGGCAUCAUAGCGCCCACAGCCAUGCCCAACAUGGGGAUGGGUCCAUGGGGCAUGCUGCAUUCGAACCCCAUGGACUACGCCUGGGGCGUAGAUGGCCUAGACGCCAUUAUCACUCAGUUAUUGAACCAGUUUGAGAACACAGGUCCACCUCCGGCAGACAGAGAGAGGAUCAAGAGUCUGCCUACGAUCAAUAUCACAGAGAGCCAUGUGGGCUCGGGGUUAGAAUGCUCAGUAUGCAAGGAGGACUACAGCUUAGGGGAAAACGUCAGGCAACUUCCCUGCAAUCACUUGUUUCACAACGACUGUAUAGUACCGUGGCUGGAACAGCAUGACACCUGCCCGGUCUGCAGGAAAAGUCUCAGUGGACAGAACACAGCCACAGACCCCCCAGGACUGUCAGGGAUGACCUUCUCGCCCUCCUCCUCCUCCCCCUCCUCCUCCUCCUCCUCCAGUUCCCCUAGCAACGAGAACGCGGCCAACAACUCCUAGACCCCCUCCAUCAUCAUCCUCAUCGCCUCGGACACAGAGCCAGAAGCUCACCGGCACCACCGUCAGAAACGCCGCAGAGAUCCCCCCCCUCCCCUCACGGGCUAGCUACUGACGGCUCCUGGAGAACCGGAGGAGAACCGAGGGAGGCUGGGGAACCUUGUUUGGACUGUCUGAUACAGUCCUCCUUGAUUUUUCGUCCUUUCGAGGAGCUGUUUUCGAAGACUCGACCAUUCCUCCAGCUGAGAGUGUGAAUGUGGGCCCAGAGAGUGAGGGGGUGUCGGGGGGACGACAUAUAUGGACUGGACUGGUGAAGCGUUUUACACAGGCAUCACUACAAGGGCCGAAAAAAAGGCUUGGAAAUGGACAUGGCUGCUUAAGUUUUUUUGUUUUUUUAUUAUUCUAAUUUUUUUUACUGAAAGCUGUUAUGUCUUAUUGCCAGAAGGCAGGUACACAUUUUAUAUUUAAAAUAAUAUUAGUAUUUUUUUCUUAAUCUUUUUCUUUGAUGAACUGAGGGUGGUACAGACUUUCUUGCAGGUGUGUGUGUGUGUGUGUGUGUACAUAAGGUAUUCAUAUUUAAUGACAGAGCUAACGGCUCCACUGUACAGCCUACAGAUCAAACUAUAUCCUGUGGAGGAGAGACAAGUGUGUCUGUUCCUACGAUUUAUUAAUUUAUUGAAUGUUUUGUAUUUUAUUUUGCACAACAUUCUGGUUUGGUUUGGACCAGAUGUGGCUACUUGGUGGUGCUGCCCUGCAGAUCAAACCUAACUCACUCCAUCCUGCUCAUCACCAGGGAGCCUAGAUGGUUUGGACCAGAUGUGGCUACUUGGUGGUGCUGCCCUGCAGAUCAAACCUAACUCACUCCAUCCUGCUCAUCACCAGGGAGCCUAGAUGUUGUGCUAUAUAAGCCUGGUUACAGUAACUAGCCUGAUGUCGCCAGCUUGUUUUCUGUUUUAUUGACAGGAAUACUGUGGCCAAUCAGAUUGGCCAGGCUAGCCCCGGUAUUUCCUGGUUCUGGGGGAAGAUGUUGAAGAAGAAGAAACAGGAUUUUUGGGGGUGGAAAACUACUGACAUCAACAUGAUCUCACACAAUAUAAUUUAUUUGCUGUGCAUCGCUCCUUUAAGGCUCUGUGAAUCUUACAUUAAAUAUUCAGUUGAUCAGCAUUUUA